UAGGUUUUUUCAGUUUUUGAGUAUUUAAAAAGUAAAUUUUGGGGACCUGCUUUUGCGGGCGGGAAGGUGGCAGAUACGCAUUUGGGAAGGACUGGGGCCAGCUACAAUUCUCUCGGCGGUCUCCUUUCCCCCGUGGAAUUUGAAAUGCUUUACCUCAUCGGCUUGGGCCUGGGAGAUGCCAAGGACAUCACAGUCAAAGGCCUGGAAGUUGUAAGACGCUGCAAUCGAGUGUAUCUGGAAGCCUACACCUCAGUCCUGACUGUAGGCAAGGAAGCCUUGGAAGAGUUUUACGGAAGAAAGUUGAUCCUUGCUGAUAGAGAAGAAGUGGAACAAGAAGCAGACGAUAUUUUAAAGGAUGCUGAUACCAGUGAUGUUGCCUUCCUUGUAGUUGGUGAUCCAUUUGGGGCCACAACACACAAUGAUCUUGUUCUGAGGGCAACAAAGCUGGGAAUCCCUUACCGUGUCAUUCACAGUGCCUCCAUAAUGAAUGCCGUAGGCUGCUGUGGUUUACAGUUAUAUAGGUUUGGAGAGACGGUUUCUAUCGUUUUUUGGACAGACACUUGGAGACCAGAAAGCUUCAUGGACAAAGUGAAGAAAAACAGACACAGUGGCACGCACACGUUGUGCUUACUCGACAUCAAAGUAAAGGAGCAGUCUCUGGAAAAUCUAAUGAAAGACAGAGUCUCACUGUACCGCCCUUGGGUAGAGUGCCGUGGCAUCACACGGCUCACAGCAACCUCUAACUUGGGCUUACGCGAUUCUCUUGCCUCAGCCUCCCGAGCAGCUGGGACUACAGGCGCCCGCCACAACGCCCGGCUAUUUUUCUGUUGCAGUUUGGCCGGGGCUGGGUCCGAACCCGCCACCCUCGGCAUAUGGGGCCGGUGCCCUACUCACUGAGCCACAGGCGCCGCGCAGUACUAAUCCUUUUUUGCUUAGAGAGGCAGUGCCCAGUGUAAGCACUACCCACAUAGGACCAAUGAGCACUCAUAACGGGACUAAUGUGACUGAGGAACUGAUUUUUUCAUUUAAUUUCAAUUAUUUUAAAACUGAUGCUCAAUUUAAUUAUUAGAAAACUUUUAAGUAUGUUUGGAACAACCUCAAUAUAUAAGAAUACUUUCACAACUGUAUUUAUGAAAUUUAAAUACAGAUCAAAUAUUUCCAGUGAAAAUUUAAUACUCAAAUUAAGAUGUACUGUUAAGUACAAACCAGAUAUCAAAGACUUCAUGCAAAACAAUCUCUUUAAUAAUUUUUAUUUGAA